AUGCCCGAAGGUCAUCAGUCCCCCCCGCCCGAGCGCCAAUCCGGCAAGCAGCUGCACGAGCCGCCUGCCGAGGGAUUCGGCACUACCCAAGUGGGCAACAAGGGCGAAGAGGUCCAGGCGGAAAUCCAGAACCUCGAGUCAAACCCCAAGGGGCCGUUGGAUCAUCACUUGAAGGAUAAAUUUCAAAAGGGAGAGGGGAAUUCUGUGGGAGCCAGCGUUCAAAAGUGA